CAGACAUUGCUGCGGCUGCGGCUCCUCCCUGCGCUUUUAUCGCCAUAUAACAGGAUAUCUCACUGGCGCGAAAAACGCACUGUGGGGCUCUCUAUUGUGAGGCGGGCGGAUCUUGCGUUUGUUGUCUGAGCCCCGGUGGUGUUUUCUCUGCUUUUAAUUUAAAGUCGUAUUUCUUUAAUAGUAAACUGGAACAGAUUUCCAGACAGCGUCCCUUUUCUCCGCCGCUUUACAAUCGAUGGUGUCAGCUUCUUGUGACUUCAUCCGCUGAAACAGGCGGAUUUUAAUGUGCUGAAUUGCGCUUUUGGAACCUGCAGAGAUCCGGAUCUCCCUCAUUUCUGGGAUUAACGUGGAUUUUAUCAGCCUAAACAUGGAGUUUGAUUGUUUCCAGUCUUAUUUUUUCCACGAUUUCGACACCGAGGAGGAUUUUUAUAAGUCCACUGCGCCCAGUGAGGAUAUCUGGAAAAAGUUCGAGCUGCUGCCCACCCCUCCCAUGUCCCCCCACAGGACUCUGUGUGACUCUGCCUUGCACUUCUCUCCGGGGGACAAGUUAAACUGGUUGACCAAGGUGCUGGGGCCGGAUGAGGUGUGUGAGGGUGCGUUCACGCCCGACCCCACGGAGCUUUUUGAUAACCUCAGCGCGCACAUCAUCCAGGACUGCAUGUGGAGUAGUUCUGAGAAAGUGUCGGCGGCUGCGGCGCAGACCCCGGCUCCCCAACAGAUCUCAGUCCGGGCCACGAAGACUCAAUGCGCCUCUACGGGUGGUCUCAUCUCAGCGGCUAUAGACUGCGUGGACCCCGCCGCCGUUCUUACCUUCCCCGCCAGCAGCUGCAGAAAGCCGGCGUCGUCUGGCUCAGAGUCUCGCUCUGAUUCCUCCGAUGAUGAGGAAGAAAUCGACGUGGUCACCGUGGAGAGCAAGCAGAACCGAGUGCGGCUGCUGAGUGGGAGGAAACCGGUUACCAUUAGGGUCCGCGCGGACCCCUGCCCCAAAAGCUUCCACGUGUCCAUCCAUCAGCAGCAGCACAACUACGCAGCCCGCUCGCCGGACAGUGACCCAGAAGAGGAUGAGGAGGAUGACGAUGACUACGAAGAGGAGCCUUUGAGCAAGCGUGCCUGCACGACAUCCCACCAGCUGCCGCCUUCCCCCUCGGACACCCCGCUGAACUCGGAUGCGGAGGACUCUGACCGCAGGCGAAACCACAACUUUCUGGAGAGGAAGAGGAGGAACGACCUCAGGUCCCGCUUCACCGCCCUGCGGGAUCAAAUCCCCAGCCUCGAGUCGGCCAAGGCCCCCAAGGUGGCUAUCCUGACCCAGGCGACGGAUUACCUAGAGGAGCUGCAUCUCAGGGAGAGGCGACACCUACAGGAGAAGAAGCGCCUCCGAACCAGGCAGCAGCAACUUCUCCGCAAAUUAUCUGAACUCAAACGCUCCUGAGACUUAAUCACAACUGCCUCAUUGACAGCAGAUAACUUCUACCCUCACAAAUUAAUAAUUACUUGUCACUUUCAAAGAAAGCUAUUCUUUUAUACGCGCAACUUGCCUCCUGUAAAUAGCUGUGAAAUAUGUUCUAAAUGAAAUCAUAUGGCUGUGGGCUUCCUGUCAAAUCCACUGCCACGCCCUGUGAACCUGCUAAGGGGAGGAGCAGUUUGCUAUGAUGUGCUGUUUUUUGUUUUUUGUUGCACAGUUUUGAACAAUGGGUCAUAAUUGUUUUUUAUUGCUAAUGCAAAGCUAUUUCCAGGUAUGCUGUGAUAAGAAAUAUUUUAUAUUUUACAAACAUUCAAAGCAGUGAGGCAGUAAAAAAAAAUCUUGGAUUUCAUGUUUUCAUUUCAUCAUUGCACAUUGAAUAUAUGUGUGAAUGCCUUUCUGUUUGCAAGCGUGAAUGAAUAAUGACUUGAUGUAUAAAUCCUUUUGUAAAUAAUAGCAUAUUUCUCCGGGUGAAGGAGACAAAGCCAGAGUUUGUCUUACAACUUUGCUCCUCUGUGCCACCAGACUUCUAUAUUUUGUUAAGAAAGUAGGAAAAAAUGAUAAAAAAGGAAAACAGUAGCACCGCUGUACUUUAUAUUCACACGUCACUUUGUGAUUUCAAUGCUUCUCUGAUUGUUGUUGUUUGUUUUUGUUUUUUAAAGCAUGAUAACUUCAAAGCAUCAUUAAAUUUUUAUACCAUAUUUACAUACAAA